ACACGGAAGGGUUCAUCUGUUGCAAAGUUACAUGGUUGCCCUUAACACAUUUCAAAAUUCCGAAAAUACCCUUUCAUCAAGGUUUUGCUUGAGAAUCCCAAAUUCACGUGGAACACGCUCUUGUUCUCCUCUGCUACAAUGGCGACGGCGUGAACAGUGUCGUCUUCUUCUUCUUCUUGUUUGCAUCGGGGUUUUGAACUGAUUUUGAAAUUGAAUUCUGGAACUUGAAGCUAUUGCUAAUUCAGGUCUACCCCUUGAAAUAUUUCGCACCUCACCAUUUUUAACCCCCUCUCUUUCUUCUUCUCUCACGCUUUCGUUUCUCUUUCUAUUCCUUCACCAUUUCGCGCAUUUCUUAACAUCAUUCUAAUAGCUACGGCUUACAUUUCCAUUCUCAUUUCUUCAAUUUCCUCUUUCCCACGCCAAAAAUGCCAAUCCAAUCGGUACCAGAACCCACGCAAACUCACUUCAUGGACCACGAAAUCCAAGCAAUGGAGCGACAAAUAGUUGCGAUUAGGACAGUUAAGGAGGUUAAAACCAAACACUUGCUGGAAGAUUUGCGAUUGCUUUGCUCAUCUUUCACUGAGGAACAACUCCAGAAACCGGUGUUAGAGAUUUUUCAACAAAUUCUUCCAAAUUUGUCCAUUGUGAAUCAUAAAGAGAGUAACAAAUGUCAAGUGACAUGGAAAGAUAAAGCGCCUAUGUCCAUGAGCAUCAACUAUGAUGAUGUGCAUACUUCGUUGCUUCAAAGGUUGUCCAUGGCUUAUCCUCAUUGCCCCUCUUCAGUUCCUCAUUCUACUGGCAUAACAAUAUUUGUGCAACAUGAUAAGCAUUCUGGAAUGAAUGAUUCUGCAAGCAGGCACUUGCCAAAGUCAAAGCGAGUUGUGUGAUGCACAAAUGAACAAAAAAACCAACAUGCCCAAGCUUGUGAAAGUUUGUAUUGGCAGGUGGCACUUGGCAGUACAUUAAGUACUAGUACCUUCCAGACAAACCUCUGUUCUUGUAUAGCAUUCUGCAGCUGCAGAUUUAUUCCUAGCGUUCAACUAAAAAAAAAUUGGAGUUUUUAAGAGCCCAAACAAGUUUGUAAUUGUUUGCAAGAGUGUGGAUAGCUAUGCAGGAAAUGCCAAAUGUUUUAGGAAAGCCUCGUAUGGUGAGCUGAAUUCAAAGAAAUAUUACACUGUUGACAGGAAAGAAAACUUUAGCAAACAUAUGCAUAAACCUUCACUGGUUUCACAAAAUGAUCUUCGUGAAAUAUCCAAGAGACCGUCAAUUUCAGCUUUAACAGCAAAGCAUUGCUGAGUGCAGGCAACAAAAGGAACCCGCGCAUGAAGCACGUCUUCAUCAAUAACUUCCUCUAUCCUGUAACAAAUUUACUAAAGUUGUGAGAUGAUUAGUCCUAUUAUUUAAGUAGGAAAUAAUUGUAAUUACACAGUAUAAUUUUUUUAUCAAUUAGUAUAUUGUAUAAUACUUGAUAAAUAGUUUACAUUGCAGUGUGAUGUGACCAUCUAGAGUAUAAUUACUAGUAAGAAUUUGGCUUUGAUAAAUCAAUGUAUCACUUGAUUGGCAUGCAUUUUUUAUGGAAUUCAUGGCUUAAAGACCUUCAAAAACCUUGAUAAAACAAAAAGUAUUGUUCAUAAGUCGGUGAAACAAUCAAAAUGCGGCUCUUAUAGUCACUUGAACUGUGUCAGUGUUUGGUUUUAAUAAGUAUAGGGUUAUUGAGUAAAGGAUUAGUAUAGUUAGUUACAUGGUAGCUCCCAUGGUUAACAUUUGUUGAGUGAAAGUGUUGUCAAGAACUUUCUUGAGAAGGAUGAGUUCUUCAUCAGUAGGGUGGAAACGAAAAUCGGAUGGUAAAUGAGCAUCACUGUUGAGAGGUAUCUUGUUACCGGUUCAGCGGAUAAGGAACUUCGUUUUUAUACAAUUAAGCUACAUUAUAUGGAUAGGGAGAGUAUCAAUAAGGCUAUAGAACUAGCAAAAAGAUCAGGCUGCAUCUUCCUAAAAGCUAAACACAUGUUGAUCCAUUAUUUUUUCUGUCAUUUUUGUUAUUUACACUCUACUCAUGUGCAUUAUGUAUAAGAGGUACAUGUUUGCUUCAUUAUGCUAAUGGCCAUACCAUGUGUAAUCAAUCAUUAAAAUGGUAUUAAACAGGCUCAUAAAUUCAUUAGGAAAUUAAAGGUUAAUAUGUGUUUCUCAUCUACCUGAACUCAUUUUUCUCUUUAACCCUUGCAGUUUAUACUAAUUGUUGUAUCUAUGAAAAGUAACUAGUUUAAAAUCUAUAGUUUGAGAAAUCAUGUAAAACUGUUGCUUUUGAAAUGGUUAAAUUGAAGUAUUUAUUUUACAUGUGCUACUGAAUGUGUUUAUUUGGUAAAUGACAAUCUAACUCUACUCACUGUCUUAAGUGAAAUUGGGACUACUAUUAUUAUGGUGAUAACUUGUCCAAAGCCAUGUUUAGUGUUACAGUUACAACCAUUAUAUGGUAGCUUUGUAGAGCUGUAAGGAUUUUCUAAUGAUUCUUUUUUGGCUAUGAUACAUUACUCAAGCAUAUAAUAUUUGAUAAA